AUGUCAUCAGCAAGACAAGGAAUACCGCAGGUGAGGAACCCAACAUUGGUGUCACAAACCACACCCGAACAAAGAUAUUGGCGAAGCUACAUCAGCCCACAGCUAAUCAAAGAGAAUCACUCGAUAAACCACAUUGAAUUCAACCCGGCUUCGCCCUAUGACUUUGCUGUCGUCUCAUCCACUAGAAUACAGAUUUUUUCUUCCAAAACCAGACAAAUAAUCAAGACCUUCUCUCGAUUCAAAGACGUGGUUUACUCUUGUAAUUUCCGUUAUGAUGGGAAACUACUUUGUGCAUCCGAUGCUAGUGGUCUUGUAUCCAUUUACGAUAGUUAUCAACCUCGGAACUUGUUGGUGAGUUUAAACCCGUUACUGCAUCCUACUCACGUCUCCAAAUUCCACCCGACUAUUGGAUCCAAUUUGAUAACUGGUUCCGAUGAUCGAAUUUUACGAGUGUGGGACAUUUCACAAACUUCUCAAGGUCCAAUCCAAGCUUUUGAUGAUCUGCAUCAUGGCGAUUAUAUAAGAAGUGUCAACUUUGUCCCCGGAGAUUCGAAUUUGGUGAUCACGGGUUGUUAUGAUGGGAUGGUACGAGUAUUUGACACCAGGGAUUCGUCGGGCGCAGUUGCUUCUUUUAACCAAGAAAACCCCGUGGAGGACGUACUUGCCAUCAAUGCAAGCACCAUAGUCAGUGCUGGUGGUCCACACGCCAAAAUUUGGGAUUUGACGAGAAACUCGCAAAUACACCAAUUGAAUAAUUUCACGAAAUCAACCACAUGUCUUUACGAUACAAAGGAGAAAGGGUUGCUAAUUGGUUCGUUGGAUGGCCAUGUCAAGGUCUUUGACUACAAUACAACCAACUGGGACGUGAAGUUCGGGUGGAAGUUUGGAAGUGGUGGAGUCUUGACAUGUGGCGUAUCUCCGUCUAAUUACAAACAUUUCGUUACUGGUUUGACAUCAGGAUUGAUUUCAAUACGUACAAAGACAACAGAACCAAAAGUAAAACAAGGUGUCAAGCAAGAGACGAGCAAUGCUUAUGCCCGCAUGAUGAAAGGCAGAGACUACAAGGGAGAGGAGGAGUAUGAAAUUGUAAAUAAUACCAGUGCACCACAAACCAAGAAAUUAAAACAAUUUGAAAAAUACUUGAACAGCUUCAAAUGGAGCGAAGCAUUGGAUAGCGCUUUUGCUCCAGGGUUACCCAAGGAACACACAAUUACCAUUUUGAAUGAAUUGAAAACUAGAGGAAAGACUAGGGUGGCCUUAUAUGAACGAGAUGAAAUCUCGUUAUUGCCUAUGAUCCAAUGGUUUACCAAAAACCUUGAAGAUGUUAGAUCUUUCAACCUUAUAAGUGAUUACAUUGCUGUGAUUUUGGAAAUGUAUGGGUCAAUGAUUGAUAGAAGCGUUGUGUUGGAGGAGAGUUUUAGUGUCCUUUUACGUAAAAUUGAGCAGGAAAUUGACAAGUGCAAAGAAGCUACUGAAAUCAAUGGUAUGUUGGAGCUAUUGACUGUAUAG